AUAUUGCACCUAUCAUAACUACUUAAAACUGUUAUAAAAGUAAGUUUAUCAAACGGGAUAGCUUUGUUAAUUCCUCUAGGAUACAGGAGAUGAUGGACUUACAUUUUAUUAUUUUCCUUGGACUCUCUGCGGUCGGGGCUGCAAAGAACUAUGACGGGUACCAGGUCUUUAAGAUCCAACCCGAAGCGGAAGGGCAACUGGAAAAGCUCUGUGAACUACUUAAGGAUAUGCGUUUAGAUGUCUGGAAGGAAGGGGUUAUUGGCCAAGAAACCCAUGUCAUGGUUAACCCGGAACUGAUAAAAACAUUUCUUCACAAAAUGGAGAAAAACGAUUUGCAAGCUGACGUCAUGAUAUCAGAUGUCGGAGCACUGGAAAGAGCUGAACGUGAAGCCAUGAAACAAGGUUCCGAAUCUGCAUCAUUUGAUUACUCCACUUACCAUUCGUUAGCAGAGAUUGAAGCAUGGAUGACAGACUUCGCAGCUAAUGCCCCGCCUGGUAUAGAUGUCACAAAAAUCAAAAUUGGUGAAUCAUUUCAAGGACGGGACCUGAGUCUUUUGAAGGUUGAGAGAAACCCAAGUGCGACCAAACCAAACAUUAUCAUGAUAUUUGGUUCCCAUGGUCGAGAAUGGAUCUCUCCUGCAACGGCAUUGAAUUUUUUAAACUAUCUCGUGAGCGAAGCCAGUUCGUUGAACACGUAUAGCUGGCACAUAGUUCCCGUAAUCAACCCUGACAGCUAUUAUCGCACAACGGAUGCUGCAGGAGAGGAAAAGGACCGCCUUUGGAGGAAAACCGUGUCCUCGCACAGUAUAACCGUGAAUAAUGGAACUAAAACUCUGACUUGUUCCGACGGGGUGGAUUUCGAUCGUAAUUUUGAGAGAAUGUGGGUUGGAUAUGAUGAGAAAGCUGGCCCUGACUGCUCAUCACAAACGUUUUCUGGGCUAGAACCGUGGUCGGAGACGGAGGUACAGGCGAUUAGAGACUACGUCAUCUCGACCAAUGUAGCGGCAUUUGUCGACAUCCACAGCUACGGUGAAAUAGUCCUUUUACCGUAUGCAUACACAACGACAAGGGUGCCUCACUUCGACGAACUGAUGGAGCUUGGGACUAUUAGUGCAUCGGCAAUCGAAAGCAUUGAUGGACACACCUACGCCGUUGGACAAAUCCCUGACUUACUAGCUAUGGCCCAUGGAUUAGCGAUGGAUUGGACCUGCAAGGAUGAACACAUCUUGAUCUCGCUUGCGUAUGCGCUAAGAGACAAAGGAGAAUUUGGCUUCCUACUCCCUCGAGAUCAGAUUCAGAUAGCUGGCGAAGAAUUUAUUGCGGGAGUCAUGGCCAUGGUCAAUGGACUGCCGUAGAUAUGCCAGAAGCGCAACAGUUUCAAUAUUCAAGUGUUGCCAAUUGACAUUUUAAAUAGCAGCUUAAGAUCAUUGGGUGACUGUCAUUAUUCACAAGAACUAUAAUUAAAUUCGUUAGCAAUAUUUCAUAUAAGAUGCAAGAUAUAUACCACUUUAAUUUCGGUCCUUCACUAUUUAAUUUCACGACAUUGCACGAAGAUAUCUGCGUUUUAAUAUUUCAGUUUGAUCCAUAUUUUACUGAAUACUAAAUAAACAGUAGUUCUUCAAA